AUGGCUGACUUCCCCGAGCAAUGUCUCGCACAAAAAGAAGACUACCUAGAAUGCUUACACCACACAAAAGAAAGACAACGAGCAAAGAGGAUCAAAGAGGAGGAAAUUAGGCAACGAAAAAAGGCGGAAGAAGAUGCACGUAAACAUGCCGAUUCUGCGGCAAAAAGUAACAUUAUUAGACUCGGUAUAAUCGAAAAGCCUUCUGGAGAAAGUGAGAAUAAAAAUCAGAGUUGA